AUGCGUGCAACAUCCUUGGGCAUGACACCCCCUAGCUGCGACGCUCCUUUGGCGCAACAACCCCUAGCCGUGACACUCUCAGGCACAACAUCGCAACAGGGCGACAUACAUCCCCAUCGCAUUAGAAAUGGAAAAUUGGACCCUUCACCAAUGGUGGACAAAAGUGGAAUCGCAGAAGUAUGGGACAACUUGGGCGCGACACUCCCUUGCACAAUACCGCAUCAGGACGAGAUACAUCUCCAUCACAUUAAAAGUGGCAAAAUGAACCUUUCACCAAGGUUAGACAGAAGUGGAAUUCUAGAAGUAUGGGGCGAUGCCCAUGGGUGCGAUACCCCUUGGCGCGACGCCCCUUUGCGGGAAUGGUAUCGCAAAAGUGUGGAGGCAACCGCGAAGAGACUCGUCUCCCCUGCUGUGGGAAUAGUAUCCUCAACCGUUGCUCGACUAGCCCAUUGGACUAAAAGGUGUCCCACCUAUGGACAGGGGAAUAUGGCCCUCAUCAAGGGAAAAUUGAGCAAUAAGGGCGGAUGA